GCCCCGCGCCUGCCCGGCCGCUAUAAGCAGCGCGGCGCCGGCGGGUGGCCAGAGCCUCGCCGCUCAGCCCGGCUCGGCUCAGCUCGGCUCAGCCCGGCCCGGCCCCGCCAUGCCGCUGCUCCGCGUCGCCCUCCUCCUGCUCGGCCUCCUCCCGGCCUCCGCCGCCGCCGAGUCGGUGAGAGAAACCGAGACCAUGGAUGCACGAUGGCUUGACUACCCUGGUUCUGGAGACCUGCCAGAUGAUGAAGACAUUGGCAAAUUCAAACCUCCCUCAACUUCCGAUGGGUUAGAUAUAGAUGAGACGUCUGGUUCUGGAGACUACCCAGAUUCUGAAGAUGCUAUAAAUCUGACCACCAUGGAUACUCCUCUGAUACCUGACAACUAUAUCCCUGGAGAUAUGGAGAGAAAGAUAGAAGGUGAGAAGAAAAACACGAUGCUGGACAAUGAAAUCAUUCCAGACAAAGCUGUACCUGUUGAAGAGAACCUGUCCAACAAGAUCUCCAUGGCAAGCACAGCCAACAGCAGCAUCUUUGAAAGAACAGAAGUUCUUACAGCCCUCAUUGCAGGAGGGGCAGUUGGCCUCCUGUUUGCUGUCUUCCUGAUCCUUCUCUUAGUCUAUCGCAUGAAGAAAAAGGACGAAGGCAGUUACGACCUUGGAAAGAAACCGAUCUACAAGAAAGCCCCUACAAACGAGUUCUACGCUUAAAGCUCAGCAGCACUGUGCCCAUCAAGGGACAAAUGGACUGUAUGGAAACACUGUGCCCUCCAAGGAGACGUGCUGAACAAAUGUUCUUUUUGGAUUGAAUUUCAAAGUGACUUUGAGGGGGAAAAAUUUCUAUAUGACCCUUUCCACCCCACUCAGCUAACAAGGGCCCAAUGAAAUACAAAGAGUCUGAAAAAACAAAACAACAAACCUCAGUGUACUUUAUCUAAAGCUAGUAUAAAAAAAAAGCCAAACUUUCUGCUUGUUUUUAUAGAGGGUAUGUAAGCAUAAAACAGACUGUAUGGAAGUAAACACUGUGUGUUUGCAUCCAGUGUGUGGUGUUCAGAUUGGCUGCUUCUACAGAAGAUGACUUUUUUUUUAUUAACCUUGCUAACAGACAUCUUGCAGCAGGCUGUUGAUGUGAAGCAUUUUUGUGGAGAACUAUUUAUGAAUCUCUUACACUACAGAUAAUGUUGCCUUAUCGGGGAGUAAAAGGCCCAUAGGGCUCAAAAUCCAUGAAUGCCAUAAAGGGCCUAUGGGAAUGUCUUCCCCUGGAGACUUCUGUCUCUUUCUGCUGGCCCCAGGCAAGGGUCAUUAGUCCAUGAAAUCAGGACAGCCCUGUUUCUCUUGGCUAUGGUGACACCCUUUCCUUGCCUUUACUCUCUUACCUUUUUUUUAGGAUUGCCUGUAGGGUUUUUAUAACAAAAUUUUAAAGAAAAUAGACUAAUGUUUAUAUAAAGUUUGUAGAAAUUGUUUUUGAAAUAAAAAAAAAAAAUCUACUUUUUUAAUUUCCUCAGAUUUAUUUUUUCAAUCCCUUUGUGUUUCCUUUGGCUGGGCAUUUCUCUAGAGAUGUUUUGUAUGAUUCAUAUUCUGAACUGCAGCAGGGUUAGCUACAGUGUGUUACAGAUUUCUUCUUAGUUCUAUAGCAGCUACUGGAGAGGGUAAAGAUAUUUAUGGUUUUCUUGUAACUUAGGUUUUGAUUUUUUUUUUUUUUUAAACUUUUAAAAAUAGAAUUAUUUAUAGUUUCUGAAAUGGCUGCUCUUCUGGUAACUUUUAUCCUUUUUAUGUAAAACGCUAAUAUAAUGAGUCUCUGUGAAAACUAUUUAAGCUUUAUUCUGUGAAUUUUAAUUAUGAAUUCAAGGCAAUAACUUCUAGAAUUAAUCUGUAUGCAAAAUUGGAUUCAUUAUGUAUGAUUGAAGUAGGGAAAAGAUGAGAGUAUUUCUAGUCUGUAAUAUAUUAUAAUCAGUCCUAUAGAGCUAUAUAUUAUAUUUUACUGAGAAAUACACAGUUCAGAGUGAAAAGGCUGGAGUUAAUUCUUCAGCAGCCUCGCUGUGAGCCUGGGUCUAGUUUGUACUGCUCUUUGUCCAGUGUCUGCUCUAGAGUGCAGGUGGGCUGGUGAAGGCAGCUGGGGGGCUAGUAGCCGUGCCCAGGGCUGUGCCACCCCAUCCCUGCUGCGCCUGGGGGCUGGCAGCAUUAGGGGAUGUCAGGCUGGAUCCUCUAAGGUGCAGCUGAGGUCCCCAUCUCCGUUCUGGGGUUGCUCUUUGAUGCAGGCAUUGAGAGCUUACAGUACAGGGAAAAUAAUUUGAUUUUUGGUGCGUAUCUGUGCUGCAGAGCCCCGGUGGUCCUGGGCCAAGCACUGAUGUCCUGCAGAAGGCUGCCUCUGGUCGCCACAGAGCCACAGGUGGCUCGCUCUGACCUCCUGUGGUGGUCCUCUGUAACGUGUUGUGUACGUAGCUCCUACCUCUUCUGACUCACACCAGUCCCCCUAGAGCAACGGGUGGCUGCAGGUCCCAGGUCUCCGAUGGAGAAGGGCGGUGCAGGGGCACUCCGUGCAGGUCCUGUCCUGUUGCAGCUGUCUGAACCUGCUCUGGCUCAAGGCACCUUCGCUGUGGGGUCCUCAAACUGAGCAACAGGGUUGGCAGCCCAGAACCAGACUGCUGCGAAUAUUUUUUAGGAAUCUCACCAGCUCCUCAAGCCUCCUUACAGGGACUUUGUUGUAGGCCUGAGGCCAAAUCUGUAGACAAUAGCACAAAGAAAUUUGGCUUCAGCUGGUGGCAGCUGCUUCUUGGUGCAGGGCUGGUGCAGCGGGGCAGAGGGGGUGAUGCACUGAGAUGUGAAGGUGAGAGGGCUUCCCUGAGGCUUCUCCUCCAGGCUGGCUCUGUUGGUCCCAGUAUGUGUGUGUUCUUGGAAACUGCAGGCUCUGGGGUGCUCUAAGAGCCAGGCACAGUUCAUUGUAGACUGGGAAGGAGGGGGAGGACGCGCAGUGCCUAUGGGCAGCACUACGGGGAAGGCAGGAGAGGUGUCUGCUCCGCUGGGUACUUGGAUUCUCUUGUGUAGUUGCUCUUGGAUUUUCCACUGUUAAUGUUUUUAUUUUUAUUUUCCCCUCAAAUAAACUGGUACUUUAUAAAAUCGGC